UCAGCGUGGGGUCUGGCCACAACUUCAGUCGCCUUCUUCUCUCUUGGCAAUCACAUCUGGGCUACGAAUAAGCAGGCCUCCGCUUGGAAUACAGCUGCUAUGGGACCGUUACAUCCCCUUACAGCCAUGCUUCUGUCCAUGUGCUGUCACUUUCGGUUUGCGUCAGCUUGGACCGUGAAUAACUUCCUCAUGACUGGACCUAAGGCUUUUCUGACCUACGCCAGCAGUGUGCAAGUGGGCGCACAGAGUGGAAUACAAGAGUGUAAAUAUCAGUUCGCGUGGGAGAGAUGGAACUGCCCAGAGAGCACGCUCCAGUUAUCUACACAAAACGGCCUAAGAAGUGCCACAAGGGAGACGUCUUUUGUCCAUGCCAUCAGCGCGGCCGGAGUGAUGUACACGCUCACUAAGAACUGCAGUAUGGGAGACUUUGACAACUGCGGCUGUGAUGACUCCAGAAUUGGACAGACAGGUGGCAGAGGAUGGAUUUGGGGAGGCUGCAGUGAUAAUGUGGCGUUUGGAGAGAAGAUCUCCAAACAGUUUGUGGACGCGCUGGAAAAUGGGCAGGAUUCACGCGCAGCAGUCAACCUGCAUAACAACGAAGCAGGCAGACUGGCUAUCAAAGCUACCAUGAGAAGAGCCUGCAAGUGUCACGGAGUGUCUGGGAGCUGCAGCAUCCAAACCUGCUGGAUGCAGCUGGCCGACUUCAGAGAGGUGGGCAACUACCUGAAGAUUAAGCACGAACACGCAAAGAAACUGGAGAUGGACAAAAAGCCGGCGAGGGCUGGGAACAGUGCGGACAACAGAGGAGCCAUCGCUCAAGCUUUUCGCAGCAUCGCUCGGACGGAGCUCAUUUACCUGGAGGAUUCUCCGGAUUACUGCGUCAAGAACCAGAGCAUGGGAUUUCAGGGCACCGAGGGGCGGGAGUGUCUGAAGGGAGACAAGAACAUGUCCCAGUGGGAGAGAAAGAGCUGCCGCAGGCUGUGCUAUGAAUGCGGCCUCAGAGUGGUGGAGAAGCGCAUUGAGGUCGUCAGCAGCUGCAACUGCAAAUUUCACUGGUGCUGCACAGUGAAGUGUGAAAAAUGCACGCAAGUUGUUACUAAAUAUUACUGUGCGCGUAAAGAAAGUGGGAGGAAACCACAUAAUAAAACGAAGCACAGGCACCGUGCUCGUCGGCACUGACUGCCAUUUGUUGGAGAGACUGUUGAGUCAGUAUGCUCAUCACUUUUCAUUUAUUUCAACAUCAUGGACAUCAAUAAGCAUUGUACAGUAUUGUCCGAAUGUUAUCAUCAACUAUCACAUCACUUGAAACCUUUUAAUGCACUUUAUCUUAUUGAUUUGAUUCUGUAAAUAAUUCAAAUUAUGUCUUUUGAGGACCAAACUCUCCACGCAUGCUCACUCGUUUAUGUUGGUGUUUUGGGGGUAAGUGGUUGAUUUUAUCGCAUGUAAUGUUUAAAAAACGUCUAAUAUUUUAAUAUGCAUUUCUAAUUGAACAUGUUAACUAAUAAAUAUUUUUAUAAUAUGUAUGACUCCCGUCUGGUUUGUCAGUGGCUAAAUGCUGAUUCUGUUAU